AUGCUUACGCAGAAGUCCCUCGCCCGUCUUGGGCUUGUGUUUAUGUUCUGUGUGGCCAGCUUGCAGUCGCUGAACGCGGAAGAGAUCGAGUGGCGUACGGCCAAGCAACUCUCCGAUCAGUUGGCCAGCCCGGUGUCGAUUUCCUGGUCUGCCGCCAACUUUCGGCCGGCACUCGAGCGAUUGAGUCGCGCCCAACGGGUUGCCAUCUUAGUCGAUCGCAGAAUCGACCCGGGAACCCGCUGUGAGUUCCGUGGCGAGAACGAAGCCUUAUCAGAGGUGUACCGGCACUUGGCCGAACAGGCUAACGCUGGCUACUCCCAACUCGGCCCUGUGGCCUACUUCGGUCCGGAGUCUACUGCCCGAAAGCUUCGCACGUUGGCAGCCCAACUCGACGAGCAAGUCGAGCAGUUGCCUCCAACUGCCAAACGUAUUUGGCACAGAAGUCGAGCCUGGCAUUGGAAUGACUUUGCGACGCCCCGCCAGUUGCUCGAGGGGUUGGCCACGGAACAUCGGAUCAAGCUCGUGGGCCUUGAACAGAUUCCUCACGACUUGUGGGCCGAGGCCGACGUGCCGCCGAUGCCGUUAGCCGAGCGGAUGUUGCUGAUUGCUGCGCAGUACGAUUUCACCCUUGCCAUAGAACCCGACGGACGUUCAGCCAGCUUGGUUCCAAUCCCGUCAGAGGUUGCUGUGCAGCGUCGUUAUUCAGGUCGAGGCAAAGCGAGCCAACUUGCCAGACAGUACCGCAGUCUGGUGCCGAAUGCCGAGGUGGUCGUCGACGGUCGCGAUGUCGUAGUGAGCGGAUUGAUUGAAGAACAUGAGCUCAUCGCGAAUGGGCAGUCCUCAACAGAGACGCAACCGACCUCGGGGACACAGGUUUUUCGGCUUAAGGUCGAGAACAUUCCCGUUGCCCGGCUUUUGGACCAUGUUUCGAAGCAGAUGGGCUACGCAGUAGAAACCGACGAGAAAGCGAUCUCGUCUGCAGGCUUGUCGCUUGAUGAGCGGGUGUCGGUUGACGUGAAAGACGCGACGAUUCAAGAGCUAUUGGAAGCCAUUCUCAAACCUGCGGGCCUAGCUCAUCGUCGCGAAGGGAAGCGGAUUGAGGUAGUCCGACACCCCGGCUUGGAUGGCCUGCACGACGCGUUCUUUUUCCGCUUCGGUCGUGACCAUGAUGAUCGGAAUGUUCGCUUGAACAUGUUGACUGCUUCCGAACCAUCUGCGGCUUCGGUUGUGUCUUCCACGCCGACGGCCAAGAGCGAUCGAACGAUGAUCUUCCGCAUCGUACUCGAAUCGUCUGCCACUAAGACUCGUUUGCUCAUUGGAUUCUUCCCGUGUGUUUUGCCUGUUGAUUGGUUGAACGCCGAACUACUGCUGUCGAAUUCGCUAAGCAGCUUGGCGAGACGUGAUCAACUGUCAGGCAAACAUAGGAGUCAGGUGGUGAGCACCCUGCAGCAAGAGCCACAGACCGAAGUAAGCGAAUCGAAGGAAGGCACCGGCUCAUUGCAGUUGGUCAGCUUUCGCUUAGGCCAAGAGGAAUACGGCGUAGAGAUCACGAAGGUCCAAGAAAUCAUUCUCAUGGGAGAGAUUACGCGGGUUCCGCAGACGCCAGAGUAUUUGAAAGGCCUUAUCAACUUGCGGAGCACGGUGAUUCCGAUCGUGGAUCUGCGUAUCCGCUUCGGAUUGCCCAUUAGCGAGCAAUCGGACGAGGCUCGCAUCAUGGUCGUCAACGUGGCCGGAAAAACCAUCGGCAUCAUCGUUGAUGCUGUGAGCGAAGUGCUACGUAUUUCUCAGGAGGACACCGCUCCGCCACCACCAACGGUGGCCGGACUCGGCCGAGAAUACCUCACCGGACUGGUGAAGUUGGAAAACCGUCUGCUGAUUCUGCUCGACAUCGACCAGAUCCUGACAGACGAGGAAGCCGCGGCCAUUGAUGGGAUGGAUGUGUCUGAGCUGCGAGCACAGCUAGCCACAGCGAAGGCCGUCAGCGAGAACUCGCCAAUUAACAUUAUUCUCGCCGACACCGAUCUGAACAUCACCUACGCCAACCCUGCCAGCGUCGCCCAGUUGCGACCGCUGGAGCACCUGCUUCCUUGCCGUGUUGACGAAGUUGUCGGUCAGAACGUCGACAUCUUUCACAAAGACCCGUCUUAUCAACGUCGGAUCUUGUCGAACCCGAAGAACUUCCCCCAUCGGGCAAUCAUUGAACUGGGCGACGAGAAGCUCGAUCUUCUGGUCAGUGCCAUCUACGACGACAACGGAGAAUACCUGGGGCCGAUGGUCACUUGGGACGUUGUGACGAAGAAGAUCGAAUUGGAAUCGCAGAGCCGUCAUUACACCAAUCAGAUCCAAGCCAUCAGCGCAGCUCAAGCGGUGAUCGAGUUUGAGCCUGAUGGAACCAUCAUCACGGCCAACGAUAACUUCCUGAAUGCCGUUGGUUACUCGUUGGAAGAGAUCCAAGGCAAGCACCACCGUAUGUUCUGCGACCCAGCUUAUACCGAGUCUGCUGAAUACCGUCAGUUCUGGAUGGAUCUUGGCAACGGCAAGUCGCACGCCGGCGAGUUCCAACGCUUCGGUAAGGGUGGCAAGGAAAUCUGGAUCCAAGCCAGAUACUCCGCAUUGCUAGACGAGAAUGGCAAGACUUAUGGUGUGGUCAAGUACGCCAGUGACAUCACCGAGACGGUCCGCCAACGUCAACAAGCAAUUGAGAAUCAGGAACGCGAACGCCAGCAGCAAGAAGAGCUUCGCGCGAAUGUCGACCAAUUGCUGGAAGUGGUCAAUGCCGCUGCUGAGGGUGAUUUAACCAAAGAGAUCACCGUCAACACUGAUGACGCCGUGGGUGAAUUGGCCAGCGGUUUGCGUCGUAUGCUCGGCGACUUGCGUGGCAUGAUCGGACAAAUUAUCGAGAGUGCCAUGCAGUUCACUGAAGGUUCGCGAGUGAUCGCAGAAAGCUCGCAAACCCUCGCCCAGGGAGCUCAAAACCAGAGCUCGGCGGUCGAAGAAAUGAGUGCUUCGAUCGAGCAGCUGAGCCGCUCGAUUGACGGCGUUCGCGACAAUGCAGGCGAAGCGGACUCCAUGGCUCGCGGAACCAACGAACUUGCCAACGAGGGUGGCAAGGCCGUGCAGAAGUCGAUCGAGGCCAUGGACCUCAUCAAGUCCAGCUCGGAACAAAUCAGCGAGAUCAUUCAAGUGAUCUCCGAGAUUGCCGGCCAGACCAACUUGCUCGCCUUGAACGCAGCCAUCGAAGCGGCUCGUGCCGGAGAGCACGGUCUCGGCUUUGCUGUGGUGGCCGACGAAGUUCGCAAGUUGGCCGAACGCUCCAGCGGUGCAGCCAAGGAAAUUUCUUCGCUCAUCAAGGAAUCGACUCGACGCGUGGAAGAAGGAGCCACGCUCAGCGAAGAGACUGGUGCGGCCUUGAGCAAGAUAGUUCAAGGUGUGGAAGACACCGCCAAGAAGAUCUCGGAAAUCGCUUCUUCGACGACCGAGCAAGCUCAGAACGCUUCGGAAGUCGCCGCCGCCAUUCAGAACGUGGCCCAAGUGACCGAACAGGUCGCGGCCGGCAGCGAGGAAAUGGCUUCCAGCAGCGAAGAACUGGGUGCUCAAUCCACCGGGCUGCGUGACAUGAUGCAAAACAUCACACAAGACAACCUCGUCUCCGAUGUUCUGAUGAAGCAAUACUCAGACUUGGUUUAUUCACGAACCGGGAUUCGGCUCUCUGAGCAGAAAAAGAUAUUGCUUUCGAACCGGGUGCGACGUCGUCUACGAGCCACCGGGAUCGCUAGCUUCGAGGCUUAUUUCGCACAUUUGAAAAAACUCUCGCCCUCGGAAGAAGAAUGGGAUCGAUUCCUGCAAGAGAUCACCACACACGAGACCUACCUGUUCCGCGACGAAAUGCACUGGAAAUGGUUUCGUCAAACCUUUCUGCCCGAACGAGCAGCAGCUGCCCGCAAGGAUCCUAAGGCCAAGAAUCUUCGCAUCUGGUCGGCUGCGGCGAGCACCGGCGACGAAGCAUUCACCGUGGCCACUUGCAUUGCGGCCACCAUCCCGAACGUGAGCCAAUGGAAAAUUGAAAUCGUCGGUACCGACAUUGGAAUCGGCGCUCUCGAAGAAGCCCGAGAAGGGACCUUCAAUGAGAAUGCCAUGCGGCUAGUUCCUGACGAUUUACGGAGUCGCUACUUCACCAAAGCCCCGGGCGUGCACGUGUGGAAAGCCAAACCCGCGCUCGGGGGAAUGAUUACUUUCCGUCAGCACAACCUCAUGGACUCGCUGAACGAGCGGCCGUUCGAUUUGGUGCUGGUCAAGAACGUGCUGAUCUAUUUCGACUCCAAGUCAAAGCAACAGGUGCUCUCGCGCGUUCUGCCGCUGGUCAAGCCGGGUGCCUAUUUCGUCGCCGGGGCUGCUGAAGGGGCUGGCGCCAUGAGCGACGGAAGUGCAUCAACACAAGACGACUUCUUCCAGAGUCUGCUCGGAGAUUUUCUGGACGAAUCCGAUCAGUUGCUGGGUUCAUUGGGCGAGCACUUACUGAAGCUCGACGAAUGGACUCAGUCGUUGGAGCCCGACCAGCCAGCACGAUGCGAUGACGACUUGAUGAAUGAAAUGUUCCGCGCGGCCCAUAGCCUGAAAGGGCUUUCGGCCAUGUUGGGGCUCAGCCAAAUCAAUUCGCUCACACAUCGCGUGGAAAACGUCUUCGAUGCCGCCCGGAACGAUCAGCUUACAUUCUCCUCCGAGUCUGUAGAGUUGCUGUUUCAGUCUGUGGAUUGCCUGGUGGCGCUGGUUGACCAACUCAAAGACGGAACGCAGGGCGAAGUCGACUGCGACGCGGUAAUCGCCGGCAUCGAACAAAUACUAGAGACUGCCGGUGCUCAGCGUGUCGUCACCUCUCAAGCCGACGCAGAAGCGUUCUUGUCAGAGCCGGAACCUUCCAUCCAAGAAUCAAUCCAGAUUGAGAGCACUGAUAUGCCGAAAACCGAAGUUUUAACGGCGACGGAUGACAGCGAAGGUGUGCGAUCUCCGGCCGAGUCUUGCGACUACUUUGAGGAUAUCCAAGACGAAGACGAUGUUCCGGCGAAGUAUCUUUCGAUCUUCAUUGAUGAGACGGAGAUCUCGCUGGACAGUCUUACUGAAACGCUUCUGGCGGGCGAGACGACCAAAGAUGCUCAAGCAACGGAGACCUUGCUUGUCAUCUCGCAUCGUAUCAAGGGCUCGGCAGCGGCCGUGGGUCUGAACCGUCCUGCCAAGUUAGCCCACUUCAUGGAAGAUCUGCUGCAGAACCUGCGCGAACAGAGUGAUCCGCUUACGCCCGAGAUGGCCGAUGCCAUGCUCAAGUGCACCGACGCCCUCAGGGCCUAUGUCGUCGGUCUGAAGAACGGGCAGCCAGAAUCGGAACAAUUCAACCAAUUGGCCUUAGAGUUGAUCGCUGCCAGCGAGGGCACGCCGGUCGAUAUCGCCCCGGCUGCCGAAGUUCAGGCUUCUGAGCCGGAAACAACCACCGAGAUCGCACCGGAGGCUCUCCAAUCGCUAGUGGCAGAAAUCGCACUAGAAGCUCCGGCAGCCUCACAAGGUUUUAUCGGCCGUAUCUGGUUCGAAUCUGACUUUCCGUUAGUGGGGCUGAAGGCGCAACUUCUUAUCGAGAAACUCUCUCAGUGGGGCAAGGUGUUUCACAGUAGUCCCACGCGAGAUGAGUUGGAGACCAUCGACGACUUGGACUCGCUCACCUUCGGUUUGGUUACCGACGCGGAAGAAACGCAAGUUAGAACCUCGCUUCAAAUCGUCAGUGUCGAGCGUGUCGAACUCCUGCCUUUGCCUGCGGAAGAGCGACUUCUCGAAGCGACCCCUGUUGCUGAGUCGGUUCCCGGACCAACCCCUUCACCGGCCUCAGUCGAACCGGCUGCAGCGAGUAGUCCUCCAAAAGCAGCUACACCCACUAGUGCCCCAGCCGGUCCGCCCAAGCCCCAGCCGGCAGCGCGCACGCGAAACGAGUCCAAUGCGAAUGAGAAUCGUCCCGCAGAAACUCUGCGUGUCGAUAUCGAUCGCUUGGAUCACCUGAUGAACCUUGCCGGUCAACUUGUCAUCAAUAAGGCUCGAUUCUCUCAAAUCGGUGAGGGGCUUCGAGAGAUCACGGUCGGCAAGCGGACCUCGCAACUGCUCGACAACUUGCAGGUGUUCCUCGGCAACGUGAUGAAACUCAACGGCAAGUCCGACAACAAGGGGCUUAUUGACGACGUCGAGUCGCUUUGCAAUACCGCCCGACGAAUUCAAAACGAUCUUUCCACCGCGCAACUGGAAAUGUCCGAGCUAUCUCGAGCCCGACACACUACGUCGGAUCUAUUAGAAACCGUUCAUCAACUCGACCGGAUUGCCGACGGCAUCCAAAAGACGGUGAUGGACACGCGGAUGGUUCCCAUCGGUCCGCUGUUCGGUCGCUUCCGCCGAGUAAUUCGCGAUAUAUCACGUUCCAACGAGAAACAGAUCGAUCUCAUCAUCCACGGCGAAAAGACCGAACUCGACAAGCGGAUGAUCGAUGAAUUGGGCGACCCGCUGAUUCACAUGGUUCGCAACUCGGCCGAUCAUGGUAUCGAGCUGCCGGAAGAACGCGUCGCCGCCGGAAAGCCGGCCCGAGGGACCGUGUCGCUCGAUGCAUUCCACCGGGGGAACAGCAUCGUCAUUCAGGUCAAAGACGAUGGGCGAGGGCUCGACUCCAACAAGAUUCUCAGGAAGGCCUUGGACAAAGGCAUCGUUACAGAAGCCGACGCCGAACGCAUGACUCCGCACCAAAUCUAUCAAUUGGUUUGGGAGCCGGGAUUCAGCACGGCUGAAAAAAUUACCGAAGUCUCCGGCCGUGGCAUGGGAAUGGACAUUGCCAAGUCGAAGAUCGAGGGCAUCAGCGGUAGCGUCGAUCUCGACAGCACGCCGGGCGUAGGAACCACGUUCACGAUUAAACUUCCGCUCACAUUGGCCAUUCUGCCAAGCCUGCUAACCGUGAUCGACGAGGAUGUGUUCGCACUGCCCGUCGAAUCCGUGGUGGAAAUCGUGCGAGUGCCACGCAGCGAGGUUCGCACGGUGCAUCAGCAGCAAACCACGACCGUUCGCGGACGCGUCGUUUCGGUGGUCUACUUGGCCGACUUGUUCAAGUGGAAGUCAGACGUCGCAGGUCGCACGGCUCAGGAAGACAUCACUCUGGUCAUCAUUGGAUCGGAAGAUCGUGAGAUCGCUUUGGUGGUCGACCGUCUACUGGGUGAAGAAGACGUCGUCAUCAAAUCAAUGGCUGAAAACUACAAAAACGUUCGGGGAAUCGCCGGCGCCAGCAUCUUGGGCGACGGUCGUGUGUCGUUGAUUCUCGACACCGGGGCAAUCAUCGAUAUGUCAACCGCAAUCGAAGCCGAAGCGGCUAUCUAA